CACUGACAUCUGUCUAUCACGUCAAUUGGCGAAAUUACUUCACGUGAACCAUCGGAAGGAAAUUAUUAAAAAUUUACAGACGGCUAUUCAGUUCGCCAAAAUUCUAUUGCAAUGAGCGAUAACGAAAAGGAAGAGGCUGCCAAUUUGAAAGAAGAAUUCGAAUGGGUUCUUCGAGAGGAGGUUCACUCGAUCUUGCAUCAACUACACUCGGUUUUAGUCGGUUGCGCUCACAGAUUUCCUGUCCCUCUGUAUGGGAAUGAGGGCCAGAAACAAGACAAAUUCAUAUUGACCUCGCAGCCUGAACAGCUGAAAUGCAUUGUAACCCUAACUGGCGACAGCAUAACUCAUGCCUCUUGUUUCUCCCACCAGGACAUAAGUUUCAAAGUGCUCCGGCAAAUGCACACAAUAUGCCGCACUUCAAUCAACCAGGACGGGCCGUGGAAGCUUCAGCAGAUCCAGGAUGCAGCCAACCACUUGCAGCAAGCCAUCGGCUACAUUGACAAUGUAGACAAACAUUAUAUAUUCAGGUCAUCGGAUGAAGUACUACAUAUAAUACAAUGCCUGAUUGGUUCCCUCCAAAGAGCGCGCACAGCUUUAGUUCUGCCAAAAAAGAAAGCCAUUGAUGAACUAAUGAAAAGUCGAAAUAUGAAAGCCCUAUCACCAAACCUACCCGAAGACCUCGCAAUAUCGUUCUACAUCCAGUCGCACAAGCUGAUAUUCGUGGCCUACCAGCUCAGCUCGGUCCACGGAACCAUGCGUAUCGACUCGUGCCAGGCGGACUGCGCUGUCCCAUGGCUUAGUGAUGUCUUGUUCAUGCUGACGGCCUCGCUACACAUGUGUCAGCAGCUUAAGGAUAAGCUGUGCGUGUUCUCGCAGUACAAAGACUUCACGGUAGGCUCCCGGUCCGCAUCCAUGGUGUUCAAUUGAUUCCAUUCUUCACGUGAUUCUCAAUGUACGUAUGAUUAACGAAUGGGGUUGGCCAAUCGAAGCUUU